AGCUGGCCACGGCGCCUGCGCGACGAGACAGCUGAUUUUGCUGGCUGUUUCUCCGUCCUUGGAGCGAUCAUGGCCGGCCGGGGGAAGCUGAUCGCCGUGCUGGGCGACGAAGACACGGUGACCGGGUUUCUGCUGGGCGGCGUGGGCGAGCUGGACAAGCACCGGCGCCCGAACUUCCUGGUGGUGGAGAAAGAAACGGCGCUGACCGAGAUCGAGGAGGCUUUUCGGAGCUUCCUGGCCCGUGAGGACAUCGGCAUCGUCCUCAUCAACCAGUUCAUCGCGGAGAUGAUCCGCCACGUCAUUGACGCGCACAACAAGUCCCUGCCGGCCGUGCUGGAGAUCCCCUCCAAGGAGCACCCUUACGACGCCUCCAAAGACUCCAUCCUACGCCGCGCCAGGGGCAUGUUCACCGCUGAAGACUUGCGAUAGGCGGGGCCAGGAGAGCCCACACACCCUUCCCGGGCCGGCUUCUGCUUCGCGGCGGUCCACCCUUCUUGACCCCUCCCUCUCCUUGUGUUGCCUUGUGGUCCCUCACCUUCUCUCCUCGUCGUGCGAAGGAACGAGUCUUCGUUGGAGACUUCUUCUUUGGUCCUUUUGAGCGUCCAGGCUGCUCUUCACCCCACCCUGUUGAUCUCAUGGGAGCCAGGAACCCGGAAGAACCGUGGUUCUAAGCGUGGCUGGCUGGGGAAUUCUGGGAGUUGAAGUCCACCGGUCUUCAGGUGGCCAAGGUUGAGAGUAAAGUUCCACCAUCCAAUUCAUUGUGUCUCAGCUACUUUUAAGACGGGUGGACUUCAACGCUGGUGGCUUGUUGUCCACUUCCCCUUCAUCUGGGACUCUUGGGAGGAGACCCCCAUCUUCUCCACGGGACCCAGGCUGGGUUCCCCAUUUUCUCUGAGGCCAGAAUUGGCCUAGUUGCCAUUCCAUGUUCCUGCUUCAAUCCUUGUUCUUCAUGACCAGUUAUGGUCCUCACCGUGGAUCUAGAGAUACUUUGGCCCAAGUCCUCUGCUGCUUCUCCCUGUCCUCCUCAUUCCUGCUAUUUAAACCCUUUCCUUCAGGAUGGAACCCCCAAAAUGGGUUUGAUGUUAAGAUGGGAUAUCCUGGCUUGUUGCCUGCGAGAAGCUGGUUUGUUUGUCUUUUUCCUACAGUGCAAUAGUCAAACAUCUCCUUCCCUGAGAUAUUGCAACCCAGAUGAAUUUUUUCCCUAAUUUUUGUCUUCCCUCAAAAGGGAAUUCUGCUUCCGAUGGCCAAGAUGUCCCCUUGAAAAUUGGUUGUUUAGAAGGAAGUUCUCCGAUGAACCAUUUUGAGUCGUCUUCAGCCUAGCGUCGAGUUUCCCAACCUUGGCUACUUGAAGAUGUGUGUGGACUUCAACUCCCAGAAUUCCUCAGCCAGCAGGGUUCUAAGCACGGCUGGGUGGGGGAUUCUGGGAGCUGGUCCAUACAUUUUCAAGAGGCCAAAGUUCCACCAUCCAAUUCAUAAUUUCACAAAGGUAGCCACUUUAACAUGCGUGGACUUCAUUUCCCAGAAUUCCCUAGACAGCAUAGUUCUAAGCAUGGCUUGCUGGGGAAUUCUGGGAGUUGCAUCCAUCUUAAAAUUGCCAAAAUUAAGAAUGAAUUUCCACCGUCCAAUUCAGUGUGUCUCAUCCUCGGCCACUUUUAAGACGUGUGGACUUCAGCUCCCAGAAUUCCCUGGUUCUAAACAAGGCUGACUGGGGAAUUCUGGGAGUUGAAGUCCAUAUGUCUUCAAGGGGCCAAGGUUGAAUUUCCACCAUCCAAUUCAGUGUUUCUCAUCCUUACCACUUUAGGAUGUGUGGACUUCAACUCCCAGAAUCCCCCAACCAAACUUGCUGGCUGGGGAAUUCUGGGAGUUGAAGUCCCUGUGUCUUAAAGUGGUCAAAUUGAGAAACCCUGGCCUGGUGGCAUCACACAGUCCAUCUGGGGGGGAUGUUUGGGGUCUAGGCUCCCCCCAACUGGGAGACUGUGAUCCCCUUUUCUCCCCUACCCUGCCUACAAAGUGAUUAUCUAAUAGCAGUUGCAAUUUCUGGGGUUUCGGAAGCAACUUUGCCUGUUAAAACAAAACCCGACUGGAUGGAAGGAAUGAAUAAAGCUGAUUUCUGUUUAA